AAAAUCCCAACUGAAAUCUGGGGACAUAAUAAAAUUUGAAGUUGGCCCCCCAACUUUUUCUCCAACAAAUUUUUGACAGAGAAAGAUGGAAGGUUAGCUAUGGUCCUGUUUAUGGGAGCUACUCUGUUUCCCAUUUUUGAAGGCAAACAAAGCUUAAAUAUGAGAACUGAUCCAGAAGCUAUGGCAGAAAGAGUCAAUGCAGAUGCUAAAUGGAGUGAGAAUCAGAUGGAAGGAGAAGAUACUGAGAGGACUGUGAAUUGUUUAAGAGGGAGAUUGCUAGCUGAGAGAACAGCUUCAAGAAAGGCAAGAGAUGAGGCUGAGCAAUUGGGGAAUAAGUUGAUGGAGCUGGAAAAUCUGUUGAAGGAAGAAUCGAAAUCAAGAAACAGGGCUGAAAAGAAGCUGAAACUCCUGAUCAAGAAGCUUGCAUCCAUGAGCAUUUCCUACUUGAUGGAUAGUACAGACAUUUCCUCUGUAUCCUCAUCAUCCACUGCUUCUUCAAGCACAAAAGAACCAGAAAUGAAUGGUGAAAAAACCUGCACCGCAGAUCUUCCUCAAAACAAUAGUUCAGUUUCUGUGUUUGCAGACAAUUUCAAAGAGGCAGAGAUUAUGGAGCAAAGUGUUCGACGAAAUGCCUCAACAGACUCUCUAGCUUCAGAGCAGCUCAAGAGUACUGGAAUUCAUGAUGAUCUGAGCUUUGAUCAAGAUCCCGGAAACCAUGUAGAUAACUCAAUGGCUUUAGUCACAGUUGAUUUGGCGCCGCCAGAGAAGCCUGCCAUUGAUCCGAAAAUUCUCGAUGGAACAGUGAAGGAAGUGCUCGACACGCUGAGGCACGCUAAAGAACAGCUCCUCACCACAAUGGAGAGACGGCGAGGAAACAUGGUCAAAGUUGGUUAGAUUGGAAUUUGUUCACUAUUUUUGGGUGUGUUGCUUGAUCUUAAUAAAUGGCUUCCAAAUUACAGUUUUAA